CGUCGACUGGUAGCGCUUAGCCUUUCGUACAUAUUGCUUGGACGCACUUGUUAUGCAUGUAAUCCUGCAUGGCUUAGUGCUUACGGAGCCUCGAAACAGUCUCACCGGAGCAGAAGCACAACUGAGAAGUGGGAAACCCGAAUUCUGGGUCAUUGUUAGUUAAGUUCAGACUUCGUGUGGUCUUUUAUCACGGGAUCGUCACUGCUACAGCUUCUUAUUGGGUGCAACGCGGCAGGUUUACAAUCGAACUGCGCCUACAUCUACAUCAAUGCUUCAGCCUUUCUCUCUCUACUUCUUCCCAUGAUUAUCACCACAUUGUCAUAGUCAUGAAGUCAAUUAGAACUCGGUACACGAAUACGAUCAGCCUUUACCAUCGCGUCGGCACGUUCCACCAACCCUGUUAUCAUGUUAUCCAUCUUUCACAGACCUCCCGUUGUUAUCAUGCAGCACCACUGGAUAUUUAUCAAAAGCUGAAUUAUACGAAGAACGAGAUCCGUGUACUUCAAAUCGAGCCCGGGCGAUGGGAUGACGCUAUAUCGUGCAGACUGAAGGUGGUUUCCCUUGACAGACUACCAAAGCCUCGAUACGACACUCUGUCUUAUACAUGGGGCAGCUCAGGGAGCACGAAAGUGAUAAGCGUCGAUCGACACACUAUAGAUGUCUCAACAAACUUAUUCACAGCUCUGCGCGCACUUCGCCGUAGAUUCGUGACAGUUACCAUCUGGGCUGAUGCGCUGUGCAUAAACCAGAAGAGUAACAGAGAAAAGAGCAAACAAGUGGCACUAAUGGGCAGGAUAUAUCAACAGGGCUGUCAGACAUGGAUCUCACUUGGUUGCCCAGACGAAAAUUGGGCUGAUGGUAGCUGGUCGCCACCUUUCUGUCUUCCAGAGAGCGCACCGCUGUUAAAAAGACUCAUUCGAGGUGUUUGGAGGAUCUUUUGGCAUUAUCUCAUACUCCGACGGUCACGCCGAUCCAAGCUUGGUGUAGAACAUGUCGCCGACGCACUUCGACUGAUGAAGCUCACACGAUCGGACCACGAUAUGGAUGAUCUGGAUCGACAGCAUGAACGAACGGCUACCUCUAUGCUCACUUGGAUAGCCAAUCACGAAUACUGGUCGAGAGUUUGGGUUGUGCAAGAGAUCGCGUUGUCACGAUAUGAUCCGAUCUGUCUCUUCGGUAGACACCAAAUUCCUCUACUUUCCCUCGAUACCGUCUUUUCCGACUGGAUGUCGCCAGAACCAGAAGGCUCAAGUUGCUCCCCUGAGAUUGAGAAGAAUGUAUCCCGCGCCCAGGACAUAUGCUUACUCAGAGACGAGCUCUGGUCAAUAAAGGAACCAAGUUUCAAGGGCAGCAUGGAAUUGUUGCGAGCUCUCCAGUUUGCAAGUCACAGGCACGCAAGCGUCCCCCACGACCAUAUAUAUGGCCUUCGUAGUCUUCUUCCUGCCAAGGAUCAGGAGCUUUUACAACCAGACUAUAAUCUCUCUAUAUCUGAGCUCUAUGCUUCUGUCACUAGGCUCCUACUGGUGAACAAGUGGUCUACAAGUCUUCUCUGCUGUGCUGUGGGAACAAGUCAGCAGAAUCAUUACGAUCUACCGUCUUGGAGCUUAGAUUUUACCAAGGCCUUGGUAUGGCUCCCGGCCUCAGGAGACGAUUUUGGCGUCAUGGAAUGUGAUUACUCUCACGACAAGGAUUCCGGGAGAUUCAAUGUUCUGUGUCUCCAAGGUAAAAGUCUGGAAGAGAUCAUCGAUGAGACCUAUUUCAUUCCAGGAGACUUUGACUUCAAUAACUACGCAGAUUCGAAAUUAUCGUUUCAAAUUUUGGAAUUUCUGAAAAGCAAUAUCUACGAAGCGGACAGGAGAUGGAGGCGUCCGACUGAUGGCGCUCUACCGGCAGAUCAGCGAUGGGUUCUUUUUAGGACUAAUGGAGGAUCCUGGGGAAAGUGUUCGAAUAAAGUGCAGCAAGGCGAUGAGAUAUGGACGUUCGCAGGAUCAACGAAUGCAUUCGUACUUAGACCAUUGUCAGAGUCUGAGCUUAGCGAAGGCUCGCCUGUGAGAAACAGAUUUAGGUUGGUCGGUGCCUGUGGCCUCUUCGGCAUGGUGUUCAAUUCCUGGAAGCUGUCUGGACAUGCAGCUCAGUUCGUUGAGAUUGUUUAGACAAUCUCACGGCUGGUGAGGCUUUUAUGCGAACCAUGAUUUAGUUGCACGAUUUGCUUUUGCAGAUAUCUUCAAAAUGCACGAGGGCCUUGACUCACUCCUUAUAAGAAGUAUCUAGAAGAUGCAGUACGCUUAAUGAGAGCCCAUACAUUCGACAUACACGGGGCAUACGUGGUAGGUAGACAACGUGGGGCAAAAUGGCACGGAGGCGACAUCCCCGAUGGCUGCUUUAGUGCGAAGGCGUCACGGGUGUGGGAUGCCGCAUGGGCUUGACAACGUCGAUCCGUAGCACCAUCCUAUCGCCCGUGAUCAGUAUACAUGUUCACGCGCCUCCCUGUUCGUCGCGGUCCUC